AUGAGUCGACUACAAGAGGCAAGAGAGUGGCCGACUGGUACCUACGGUCUACCCCGGACGAAUACAGGCUGUCCCGAGGCGGCAGGCGUGACCUGGCGUACGGGCGUCCGUAAGCAUGACACCGAAGACGACGACGCCAGCAACCAAUGGACACACGGCCUGCAUUUUGAUGGUGGAUUCUGGAGGGGCGACAUGCUACAAAAAUUCUGCAUGAAGACUAUCUCAAGUGACGGAUCUGGGAGCUGGCAAAGUGGUAGUUACUGUAUCUUCAAGAAAAGCUCGUGCCCGCCAGGUUUCCAAUCAGGUGAGCUCUUUUGGGACGAUGAAGACGACGACAACGGAAACUAUCGGAGUGGUGUACUGCCUGACGGGAUUUACAACGGGAACACCCUGAUCAGAUACUGCUGCCGUAACGACGGGAGCGCCAGCAGCCCCAUCUCUCUACCUACCGGCAGUCCGUUCUACCUCUUCCGCUACAGACAGGGCUGUCAGAGGGUUGCUGAUAUGAAUGUCAGAGAGGAGUUCUUCCGUUGGGAUGAUGAAGAUGAUGAUAAUAAAAACCGUCGCCAGGGGGCGUAUCCGUACGACGACGGUGGAAGCAGGGACCACCGACUCCACUACUGUUACUAUUCGUAGUUUUUGUUUUUUUAUUCGGUCCAGAUACGACAGAAAUGUAUCACCUGUAGAUCAUGAGCAUAAUUCUUA